AAUUCGACGUCUUGGACGGUCCAUUGCCCACAAUGGGGAGGUAGCAUCCCAUCCCAUGGCCAAACGACGUCCGAAUACGAGAAAAACCACACUCCCUGUUCACCCCCUGUAAAAGGACGUGCCUGACGAUCCUCCACACGUUCCCACGCCACGGAAGUUAAAAUGGACGUCGUCCUGUCGCCUCCCAACGUUACUUUGAAUAUUCCCUCGCUGCCCGUCACCGUUCUCGACAUCUACGGUGGAGGAGGCUUGCUCGCCAUGUUGUCCACCGCGAUAUGGAGCCUCCAACCGCUCCACACCUCCUCGCGAUGGAUCCUCGACGCCGGCAACAAGCGCGUCAAACUGCGCUGCGUGAACUGGGCGGGCCACAUGGAAGCCGGCAUCCCCGAGGGCCUGCAGCACCAGCCCGUCGACGCCAUCGCGCAGAUAGUCGCGGACUCGGGCUUUACCUGUGUCCGCCUCACCUUCAGCAUCGACAUGGCGCUGGACCAGGAGCAGAAAGUCGCCGACUCCUUCGCGACGCUUGCGUCCCGCACCGGCGCCGACGCCGCAUCGGUAGCGGAGCUGUGGAGUAGGGUGAAGGACCAGAACCCCUGGAUUGCAGAUGCCAGCGUGAGCCAGGCCUUCGGACGCGUGAUCGAUGCCCUAGGCGGCCGCGGCCUGCGCGUAAUCCUCGACAACCACGUCAGCCGCGCGAGCUGGUGCUGCAACCUGAGCGACGGCAACGGGUGGUGGGACGCGGCGCCAGGCUACAACGACGCCAACAGCCGCUUCUUCAACACGACGGCCUGGGCGCAGGGGCUCGCGGCCAUGGCCCGCUUCUCCGGCUCGCACCCCGCCGUCGCCGGCAUCGGGCUGCGCAACGAGAUCCGCGAGGUGCCCGUCGUGCAGCCCCGCGACGCAUGGUACACCUACAUUGCCCUAGGCGCACAAACCGUGCACGCCGCAAACCCCGACCUGCUCAUCGUGAUGGGCGGCACGCUGUCCAGCACGGACGCCUCCUUCCUGCGCACAAGGCCGCUCGACCGCGCGCCCUUCGGCGCCGACAAAGUCGUCUGGGAAUGGCACCACUACACUUUCAGCCCGAACUGGAUCGCGUCCUUCAAGUCCUGCAGCAUCUGGAGCUCCGUCACCGUCGGCGGGACCACGGGCUUCCUGCUGCAGCAGGGAAAAGCGUAUACGGGCCCGCUUUGGCUGUCUGAAUUCGGGUUUGGGAUGACGGGGGGACCGCCGGAGAGGAGCGGGAUUGGCAGCCAGGAGGAUUACGACUAUUUGACGUGUUUGGUGAAGUACAUGGCGGGGAAUGACGGCGACUGGGCGCUGUGGGCGCUCCAGGGGAAUUACUACGUGAGAGACGGCGUGGUGGAUAGGGAUGAGGGAUGGGGAUUGUUGAAUGGGGAUUGGACGGCGUGGAGGAAUCCGGCCGUGAAGGAUGUGCUGGCACCGCUUUUUCAGGUUACGCAGGGGCCGUAA